AUUUGAGAUGAAACUUGUUUAGAUUCAUGAGUUUCCUCUCUCCCUUUUAAAAAGCCAUUGAGUCCAAAUCCAAUCCAGUUCUCACACAUCACAAAACAAAAACCUCUCAUCAAUUCAAUUAGUACUGUUAUAUAUAUAUACACACAUAUAUAUACAUAUAUACAAUUCAAAUUCAUCACAGAGAGAGAGAGAGAGAAUGAGAUCGAAGAAGGAGUGCCAUCCUUUAUUGCUGAGAGAAAGGAGUAUUGGAGGAGGAGAUUUGAGCAAAAUCAAAGGCAGCCAUGGACUGACAGCAAUGGAGAUGGAAGCACUCAAAGGUGUGUGUGAGGCUUUUUUACCAUCUUUGCCUAAUAUUCCGACCAAUAAUAAAGAAGAGAAACAACUCAUCUCCAUCUCCAUGGCCAUGGCCAUGGCCUUGGCCAGUGAUAAUAAUAAAGCUGUGAACCAGUUCUUGGCUUCUUCUGGGGCUCAACCUCCAAUCCCUGACGAGAUAGGAGAGCUAUUAAUGAAAAGAUCAUCGGUGAUAGAAGGGAGAUUGAUAGUGAGAGCGUUGCUGAUGAUGCUGGGAACCAAGAUGGGAACACUGCUGCUGUGUGGCUCACUUUGCUUCACUCCCAAAUGGCCUUUCAUUAACACCUUCCCAGCUAUGCCAUUGGACAAGAGAGAAAAAGUCCUUCAAAAAUGGCUCAAACAUAGCUUCUUCACACCUCUCAGGCUCGCCUUUCUCUACCUCAAAGUCGUUACUUUCCACACUUUCUUUGCUCGGGUUGACGAAAAUGGAGAAAACCCAACAUGGGAAGCCAUUGGAUACCAAGUAGAGAGAGACGAAAACCUUCCCCAACUUCCCAAAGAGAGGCCACUCGACAGAGGCACUGUCCAAACCAUUUACGAAGACGACACCACUUUCCUCCGCUCCCUCUCCCAGAAGGGCCUAAACGACGCCGUCCUCCACCAAAACCUCUACAAGAUUCGAUGCGACGUUCUCAUUGUCGGCUCAGGCUGCGGCGGAGGCGUCGCCGCCGCCGUCCUGGCCAGCUCAGGCCAAAGGGUCAUCGUCCUCGAGAAGGGUAACUACUUCGCUCCCUCAGACUUCUCCUCUCUGGAAGGUCCCUCCUGCGACCAGAUGUACGAAUAUGGCGUUACUUAUGCCACCUCGGAGGGAACGGUGGGGAUCAUGGCUGGAGCAGCCGUCGGUGGUGGCUCCGCCGUCAACUGGUCGGCUUCCAUUAGAACCCCGAAAUGCGUUCUCAGAGAAUGGAGUGAGCAGAACAAACUCGCUCUUUUCGGGAGCGAGGAGUACGUUUCCGCCAUGGACCGUGUCUGGGAAAGACUUGGAGUGACCGAAAAGUGUAAAGAAGAAGGGUUUCAGAAUCAAGUUCUGCGAAGAGGGUGCGAGAAUCUGGGCCUGGAAGUGGAGUUCGUGCCGAGAAAUAGCUCGGAGGAUCAUUACUGUGGCUCCUGUGCCUAUGGCUGCCGAAGAGGGGACAAGAAGGGUACUGACUCGACUUGGCUUGUGGAUGCUGUCGAGAACGGUGCCGUUUUGCUGACCGGUUGCAAAGCCGAGAGGUUUAUAUUGGAGGACAACAAAAAUGGCAUCACUGGAAGAAAGAAGAAGUGCUUGGGUGUUAUGGCGAGAAGUGUGAGUAAUGGGGUGAAAAAAAGGAUUCAAAUUGAGGCCAAAGUCACUAUUUCAGCUUGUGGGGCUCUCUCCACUCCACCACUGAUGAUCUCUAGUGGUUUAAAGAACAAGCACAUUGGAAGAAACCUUCAUCUCCACCCAGUUUUAAUGGCUUGGGGGUACUUCCCCGAAUCGAAUACCGAUUUCAGAGGGAAGAUCUACGAAGGAGGAAUAAUUACUUCAGUCCACAAGGUGGUUUCAGAGGAAGGCUCUGAAAAUAAUGUCAAGGCCAUUAUAGAAACACCUGCUUUAGGCCCAGCUGCGUUUGCUGCACUCUUUCCCUGGACCUCUGGAGUUGAGAUAAAGAAUACGAUGAUUAAGUACUCGAGAACAGCCCAUUUCAUCACCAUCAUCAGAGACCGCGGGGCUGGAGUGGUGAAGAGAGAAGGGAGAGUGAGCUAUGCGUUGGAUGAUUCGGACAGGGCUAACAUGACAGCAGGGUUGAGACAGGCGUUGAGGAUUCUAGUGGCUGCUGGAGCAGUUGAAGUCGGGACUCAUAGGAGCGAUGGACAGAGAUUGAAGUGUGAAGGGAUUAGCAAGAGUGAGUUGGAGGAGUUUUUGGACUCUGUAUAUGCUGCUAAAGGGCCCAUGUCAAUGGAGGAAAAAUGGACAAACUAUGGGUCUGCUCAUCAGCUUGGGAGUUGCAGAAUGGGGAUCAAUGAAAAAGAAGGAGCUGUGGAUGAGAAUGGAGAGAGCUGGGAAGCAGAGGGGCUGUUUGUUUGCGAUGCUAGUGUUCUUCCCAGCGCCAUUGGGGUUAAUCCCAUGAUCACCAUUCAGUCAACCGCCUACUGUCUCUCUAAAAAGAUUGCUGAAUCUUUGACGAGGAGAAAAACAGAUGACAGAAGUUGAUCUGUUGUCGUUGCUACUGUGGAGGUAAACCAUUUAUUUAAUAAAAGAUGACGAUUUGUUAUCUGAUUAUUAUUUAUUGUUGAAUGUUUUUAGUGACGAUUUCAUGUGUUGUAAUAAGGGUUUAGCAGAAUACACGUGUUGUGUUUCUGCUGAAGAUGUAGAUGCGUACAAUGUUAUAUAUAUUCAUAGUUGGAAUAUUAUUGUCAUAGAAUAAUAUUGAUUCAAACUACUUGUUUACUUGAUUAUUACUAUUAUUAUUA